GGCGGCGGCGGCGGCGGCGGCGGCGGCGGUGGUGGCGGCGGCGGCGGGGAGCGCUCGGCGCCCAUUCAUGAUCCAGCGUACGGGGCCGGUGGCCGGGAAAGCGGAGCCGGUGCCCGGUGAAACGGCACCGGUGCCGCCGGUAUGGAGACAUCGGGGCAUCUCCACGAUUCGGGCGUGGGGGACCUGGAGGAGGAUGGUCGGUGUCCGUGUCCGUUACCGGGGGAUGAACGGGCAGCAGCGGCUCCCGCCGCUUUGCCGCCGCUUCAGCACAGCCUGUUGCACUCCUCGCCCGGGUCGUUACGGGCCCCUCCUCCUCCUCCCGCCGCCCCCGCCGCCCUCCACCCUUCCUCCCGCCACGGCAGCCAGCUCAACCUCGGCGACCACCCGACGGGGCCCGGGGGGGGGCAGCGGCAAACACCGGCAGCCCAGCCCGCUGGUCCACCGGCGGGACAGCAACCCCUUCACCGAGAUCGCCAUGAGCUCCUGCAAGUACAGCGGGGGGGUGAUGAAGCCCCUCAGCCGCCUCAGCGCAUCCCGCAGGAACCUCAUCGAGGCCGAACCGGAGGCUCAACCGUUGCAGCUCUUCGGGGCCGGUGGACCCCCGGAGAUCGUCGUCUCCCGCGAGGACAACCACGCGCCCCCGCCCACCGGCCCGCUCGCCCGCCCGCCCGGCCGCCCCCCCGCCGCCUUCGCCAAGGGGCCCAAGCGCAAAGCGCAGAACAUCGGGUACCGGCUGGGGCACCGCCGGGCGCUUUUCGAGAAGCGCAAGCGCCUCAGCGACUACGCGCUCAUCUUCGGCAUGUUUGGCAUCGUCGUCAUGGUCAUUGAGACCGAGCUGUCCUGGGGGCUCUACUCCAAGGACUCCAUGUUCUCGCUGGCCCUGAAAUGCCUUAUCAGCCUCUCCACCGUCAUCCUGCUGGGCCUCAUCAUCGCCUACCACACGCGGGAGGUGCAGCUCUUUGUGAUCGACAAUGGCGCUGACGACUGGCGGAUAGCGAUGACGUACGAGCGCAUCCUCUACAUCAGCCUGGAGAUGCUGGUUUGUGCCAUACACCCCAUCCCUGGGGAGUACAAAUUUUUCUGGACAGCCCGCCUGGCUUUCUCGUACACGCCUUCACGGGCAGAGGCGGACGUGGACAUCAUCCUGUCCAUCCCCAUGUUCCUGCGCCUCUACCUGAUUGCUCGGGUGAUGCUGCUGCACAGCAAGCUCUUCACCGACGCCUCCUCGCGCAGCAUCGGGGCGCUCAACAAGAUCAACUUCAACACCCGCUUCGUCAUGAAGACCCUCAUGACCAUCUGCCCUGGGACGGUGCUGCUGGUCUUCAGCAUUUCCCUCUGGAUCAUCGCUGCGUGGACGGUCCGGGUGUGCGAGAGGUACCACGACCAGCAGGACGUAACCAGCAACUUCCUGGGUGCCAUGUGGCUCAUCUCCAUCACCUUCCUCUCCAUCGGCUACGGUGACAUGGUCCCGCACACCUACUGCGGGAAGGGGGUCUGCCUGCUCACCGGCAUCAUGGGUGCUGGCUGCACGGCGCUGGUGGUGGCGGUGGUGGCCAGGAAGCUGGAGCUCACCAAAGCCGAGAAGCACGUUCACAACUUCAUGAUGGACACGCAGCUGACGAAGCGGAUCAAGAACGCGGCAGCCAACGUCCUGCGGGAAACGUGGCUCAUCUACAAGCACACCAAGCUGCUGAAGAAGAUCGACCACGCUAAAGUCAGGAAGCACCAGAGGAAAUUCCUACAAGCCAUUCACCAGUUGCGGAGCGUGAAGAUGGAGCAGAGGAAGCUGAGCGACCAAGCCAACACCCUGGUGGACCUCUCGAAGAUGCAGAACGUGAUGUACGACCUCAUCACCGAGCUCAACGACCGCAGCGAGGACCUGGAGAAGCAGAUCAGCAGCCUGGAGUCCAAGCUGGAGCAGCUCAGCGCCAGCUUCAACUCCCUGCCCCUGCUGAUGGCUGACAUGCUGCGCCAGCAGCAGCAGCGCCUGCUCGCCGCCGUCUUGGAGGCGCGGGGGGUCAGCGUGCCGGUGGGCACCCCACAAACUCCUCUCUCUGAGAGCCCCAUCGGGGUCAGCUCCACCUCCUUCCCCACCCCUUACACGAGCUCAAGCAGCUGCUAAAACCGCAGCCCCUCAGCCCCCCAGGGAUAGGGGAAGCGUUUCCGCGCAGGUCCCGAGGUCUCCAUGGAUUUUCUUCUGGUCCUCGAUCCACUGCGGGACCCUUCGGCCGGAGCCGGUGGGACCAGCAGUGCCAAGCGCUGCUCGGAGCUUUGCCAACGCCUUGGUAUCGGGAAUCGCAUCCCCGUUCAGGUGCCUCUACACGUGGUGAAGGAAGGGGAUGGGAGGCGACGCCUCGGGCCAGCCCGCGCCAUGGCGUCCGGUGGUGUCCGGAAAACCCACGCUCAAUCUCAGGUCUUCACAUUUGAAAACAAAACAAAACAACAAGUCAGAAGCACUGAAGCAACGGAGACGCCGGAGGGAGAGUUUCCCCCCCCAGCCCUGCGUGGACCCCACCAGGGGCCGGGGCGCUCCCCUCACCCCCUGCCCCUCUCACCGGUGCAAAGCCCCGCCGGGCAGAUGCCAACGUGGUGGUUUCUCGCACAGGCUCUGACCUACGCUGCCCACGCUCCAUCCCAUCUCCCUACCAGGACCCCCACGCCACCCCCCUUGCAUUGCUGGGUGGGUGCCACUGUCUGGCUGUAACGUGCCCGGGGAUUUCUCUGGAGCCGUGAGUGUUUUCUGCCUGGGCAGAGCGAGGGAUGCUUCUUGUCUUCUGGUCCUCAGUGUCAUCUUCUGCCUGGAGACACGUGCCGGUGCCGGGAAAGCAGUGCCUAAAGCGUGUGGGGGCCGCGGGGGCCGGGCAGGGAUGUGGCAGUGGCCGAUGACGGGGCUGGCGGGCCAGCCCAGGUGCCAGGGUGGUCUCCAGGUGCUCACAUCGCCGCCCACCCAGGAGUCGUGUGUCCCCCCCCCCAGCAUUUUGGGAAGCCAGCAGGCUCUUUGCGCCGGAGGAAAAAACCCAUCAGCUACAACUGCCUCCGCUCGAUGCUCGAGCCCAGCAGGCAGCUCUGAAUCCACCGGGAUCGCUGAAUCCACCGGGAUCGCUGGCCACUGAUGUGGUCACGGGGGCAGGCGCUUCAUCUGUUUAAAACAAAGCCCAUCACCUUUGUGCCGCUUCUGCUGGGUUUGGUGGGGAUCAGCAGCACCAGCCGGCGCUGUGCCGGCGCUCAGCAUUAGCCGCUGCCCGCGCCUGCCAAAGCGCAGCCCCGCAGGCUCCUUUCGCUUGGUGUUUUUCAGUGCCGGCGUUCAGCUCCCUGAGGUACCCUCGGCAUCACCUGGCUCCUUCUGGAACCAGCCUUUUUCUGUUCUGCUUUCACCAUUUCCCCCUUUCCCCCCCUCCCAGUUCUGCCCUGGGGUCGUGGUGGGGCUCUGCUGAGUCCCUGCGUGGAGCCCUGCUGGGCUCCGGCUUUGGGGCUGGUGUUUGCUGCUUUCAAUGAAAACUCAGCAGAGGCUAUUUAUAUAUUUUUAAACAGAUGAAGUAACCGUGUAAUUACUCCACGAUAUUAAUUACACCUCACCCAGCAGUGUCAGUAAUUGUAAUCAAAGUCACUGUGUUAUUCCAGGUAUACUCAGCCUGUAAUCUUCUCCUUUGUAACUCUUUCCCUUCCAUAAAUAACGCUGGAUUUUGCGCGCACGUAGGCAGGGACGUACCAGCCCGAUGCCGAGGAAUUUCUGUGCAAAACUCCACUUGCCACUGGUGGUAGGUGGUUUACUCCUCGUGCCCUGCAAUUAAAGUUACGUAGAAAACAAGCAGGAGUUAGCGAGGAGCGCUCCCCCCUCCCUCCCGCUGGCCCCAGCGAGCGGCAGGAGGAGGAGGAGGAGGAGGAAGGUUGCAAGGCGGCAGCGGGGGUGCUGCAAAAUGAGCUGCCGGUGCUGCAGAGGUGGUGGCGUCGAGCGCGUUGGUAGCAGGGCCGUGAGCCGUGGCCGUUGCAUUAGAGGAGGGGCACAGCGCCGGCUGCCAGCCUGUCCUGGUCCUCAGCCAACAGGAGACCCUCAGCUUCUGGGCAUGAGCUGCUCUUUCCCUCUUCCAAGCUCUUCUCAUUAGUGUAAUUGCGGGGGGGUGGGGGGGUGGGCAGGAUGGCUGGGAGAAUGCUGCUGUCUGGGCAGGCCCCCAAGGUCUAUUCUGUUCCCCUCGUGCCUCGGGUGACCCUCAGCCCUACCUCCCCGGCAGGAGAAGCUUCUGCCCAGCUCUUCGAGGAGGUUUCCGGCGUGGUGAUGGAGAAGAGGUUGCAAAUCCUGAGAAUGAGCUUGAGACGCAGCAUCUCCACUGGUCUGCAGGCAGCCAGCAGAGAAAAAGGGUCCCGCGCUCCCCCGGGGCUCAUGGGGUGAGCUGCAGCCAUGCAUCGCGGGCAUCGGAGAGCCGGAGGAAGCGUUGGUGCUUGAGAAUCAAGGCGGCCAGUGGGAACCUCCUUAUGGGCUAAUGAUCCGGUCUGUGAAAUCAAACCAAGGCAAGAGCAGGCGCUGUUGGCUUGCUGGACCCCGGGGCGCUGCCGGGGAGCGAGGGGCUGGGGGUGAGAGCGUCAGGAUCGUGGCCGGAGCAAGAGAUCCUUGUCCUGGGACAAAGGCAAGGAUCUGCUUCAGCGGGAUUGCAAGAGGGCUGACGGGAGCCAGGCUGGGGCGGUGGGAUCUCUGCACCCCACACCCUGCAUCCCCCAGCCUCGCCCCUGCCCCACCUGCACCCCAAACAACCCCUCUGCCUGAGACCUUGCAGCCCUGGGUCUGCACCCUAUGCUCUGUGCCUCGCAUCCUGCAUCCUGCGCACCCCUGCCCCCCCAUCCUGCAUCCUGCGCACUCCUGCACCCCGUAUCCCACCUCCUGCAUCCUGCACCCCCCAUCCCACACCCUGAGUAUCCCAGCACCCACAUCCCACCUCCUGCAUCCCUGCACCCCCAAUCCCUCCUCCUGCAUCCCUGCACCCCCAUCCCACACCCUGAGCAUCCCUGCGCCCCCAUCCCACCUCCUGCACCCCCCAUCCCACACCCUGAGCAUCCCAUGCACCCUGCAGCACCCAUUCUGUACCCCAUCCUUCUCCCUGCCCCCCACCCUUUGCACCCCCAUACUGUACGCACACUCCUGCCAGUGCUUCAACACCGGUACUGGUAGCCCUGACCCAUCGCCCCAAGCACCAGGCUCACCGGACCCCACCAAGGCCGGCACCGGGACUAGCCCACCACCCAGCCCUGCUGCUGGGACCAGGGAGCUGCCCCGAGGCCACAGUGAGGGCAGAUAUCGGGGGGAGCCCCCAGCACAGCCCAGCCUGUGGUACCCCUGAUGCUGGGGGGCUCUGAGCCGGGGGUGCUGCUGCCCUGCUCCCUGCGAGCCACUCGUGGCCACCAGCAGUCGAGCAGCCUUGGUACAGGCAGCAGCCCUCCCAGUCAAGCCCAGCUGGUUGCUGGAGCUGGAGUUUCUCCUCCUGGCAAGGGGCUGGCAGCUCUCCGGUAAGCGGCUCCGGUAAACACUCCCCAGCUGGUGCUGCCUGCACCCCUGAGAACAUCGUUGUGGAGUCCUGCAGCCCAAAAGGCCCCGAGACAAGCAGAGAGAAAAGCUGGGACCAGCGACCCGGGGGGAGGAAAAGCACAAGAACAAAACUGCGCCGCAGAGUUAUAAUCCCAAAGAGAUGCCAACCUCCCGCAUCCGACCCCACGCGUCAACGGGGCUGAACCCCAAAGCCCCUCCAGGACCCACCUAACCACAGCCAGUCUCAUUUUCGGCACAGCCUCGGCGUAUUUUGUUGUUUUGGGGGGGUUUUUUUUUGGCUCCACGAACCUCCUCCCUGCGCCGCCUGCGAGGAAACGUGCUAGAAAGCCCCGAAAAUUAUCCUGUCCUCUCUGCAAACUCACAGACGUUUCUGUCCAGACUUAAGGAGCUUCGACCUGGGUUUGCAUCUUGCCUCUGUACCGCUCGCUUCUUUUUUAACAAUAGGGGAAAGCAUAAUAGUUUAUUUUAACUAUGAAAUAUAUUGCUAUAUUAUAAAGGU